AAUCCCCUCUCCUCCCCUCUGCGGCAGCCCGGCCACCCCUCCCUUCCCGCUCCUCCGUCUCCAUCCCACGUUUUCCAGCCAGACCCCUAGAGUGAGGGCCUUUGGGGCUGCUGGGCUAAGGAUCUUGCGGUCCGGUGUUGGUGGCGGUGACCUGUUGCCACCCUGCAGCCGCGCACCCUCGAGCCAUGUCCUGGGCGGCUCUGCUCGGCCUCCUGGCCGUGCUAUUACUGUUGCUGCUGCUGCUGAGCCGCCGGCGCGCGCGGAGACCUGGUGAGCCUCCGUUGGACACGGGCAGCAUCCCCUGGCUGGGCCAUGCCUUGGAGUUUGGGAGAGAUGCUGCUAGCUUCCUUACCAGGAUGAAGGAGAAGCAUGGUGAUAUAUUUACUGUGCUGGUGGGGGGCAGGUACGUCACCGUUCUCCUGGACCCACACUCUUACGACACAGUGGUGUGGGAGCUGCGGACACGGCUGGACUUCCACCCUUACGCCGUCUUCCUCAUGGAGAGGAUUUUUGAUCUGCAGCUUCCAAAUUUCAACCCCAGCGAGGAGAAGGCCAGGAUGAAGCCGACGCUCAUGCACAGAGACCUGCAGACGCUCACAGAAGCCAUGUAUACCAACCUCCGCACCGUCCUGCUGGGUGACACCACAGAAGCAGGCAGUGACUGGCAGGAGACAGGUCUCCUUGAGUUCUCCUACAAGUUUCUACUCUGUGCCGGCUACCUGACCCUGUAUGGAGUGGAGGCCUCACCACGCACCCAUGAGAGUCAGGCCCAAGACCGUGUCCACUCAGCAGAUGUUUUCCACACCUUUCGCCAGCUGGAUCUGCUGCUCCCCAAACUGGCUCGAGGUUCCUUGUCAGCGGGGGAUAAAGACCAUGCAUGCAGUGUCAAAAACCGCCUGUGGAAGCUGCUGUCCCCAGCUAGGCUGGCCUCCAGGGCUGACCGGAGCAGCUGGCUGGAGAGUUAUCUGAGACAUCUUGAGGAGAUGGGGGUGUCAGAGGACAUGCAGGCCCGGGCACUGGUGUUGCAGCUCUGGGCCACACAGGGGAAUAUGGGUCCCACGGCCUUCUGGUUCCUUCUCUUCCUCCUCAAGAAUCCGGAAGCCCUUGCUGCUGUCCGUGCAGAGCUGAAACGUGUCGUCUGGCAAGCAGAGAAGCCACCUGUUUCACAGAUGACCACCCUCCCACAGAAGGUUCUAGAUAACAUGCCUGUGCUAGACAGCGUGCUAAAUGAGACACUCCGGCUCACGGCUGCCCCCUUCAUCACCCGAGAGGUCAUGGCAGACCUGGCCUUGCCCAUGGCAGACGGAAGGGAAUUCUCUCUUCGACGUGGUGACCGCCUUCUCCUCUUUCCUUUUCUGAGUCCCCAGAAAGACCCAGAAAUCUACACAGAGCCUGAGGUGUUUAAAUACAACCGAUUCUUGAACCCAGAUGGAUCAGAAAAGAAAGAUUUUUACAAAGAUGGGAAACGGCUGAAGAAUUACAACAUGCCAUGGGGCGCAGGGCACAACCAGUGCCUGGGGAAGAGCUAUGCCGUCAACAGCAUCAAACAAUUUGUGGUCCUGCUGCUGACUCAUUUUGACCUGGAGCUGGGUAGCGAGGACACAGAGGUUCCUGAGUUUGACCUCAGCAGAUAUGGCUUUGGCCUGAUGCAGCCAGAGGAAGAUGUGUCCAUCCGGUACCGUACUAAGAAGCUGUGACCUAUGGAGCAGACACCACACUCAGCUGGGGCCUCCUGACUUCCUGUUGUUCCUCUAGGAUGCUGUGUCCAGAGGAGGAGACAUUGAAGACACCAAGAGCAGGAAAAGCUAAUAAAAGCUCUGUAUCUCACUGUGA